AAAAAAAAAAAAAAAAGAAUUAAUGAGCCAACAAAAACCCUAGGAAUUCAGAAGAAGCAGGAGAUUCAUGGUUUCCCUUUUUUAAGCUAAUAAUAAUAGUAAUCCAUGAAUCCCGUUCCCUCCUUUUGUUUCAAUAUCUUUUCAGUUUGAUUCCUACGUUUACCUGGGGGAAGAUUGUAAGCUUUGAUUUGAAGAUACUCUCCAUGUCGAAGAGGAUUCUUUGCAAGUUCUUUGCACAUGGAGCAUGUUUGAAAGGGGAACACUGUGAGUUUUCUCAUGACUGGAAGGACCAACCAAACAAUAUAUGCACAUUCUAUCAGAGAGGUGUGUGCUCUUAUGGUAGUCGAUGCAGGUAUGAUCAUGUUAAAGUUUCUCGUCCGCAGACUUCGGUUUCAUCAUCGUCAACAAAUUCUUGUCAGAACCUAGCUUUCGAUUCUGUUCAAGUGGCUCAUCCUUCUAGAACUAGUGGGGAAACAACUAAAGUCCCUAGUGUUCCUACAGAGCUAUCAGCUUUGAGCAGACCUUUCUUCCCUCCCCAUAGACCUGCAUGGAUUCAAGACACUGUAGAUCAUAACUUCUUUUAUGAUGAGAAUGGUGGUGACCCCACAAUCACUCAACCUGCUGACCAGCCUAUAUGUUCAUUUGCUGCUGCUGGUAUAUGUCCUCGUGGGGAAAGAUGCCCACAUAUUCAUGGGGACUUAUGUGUCACCUGCGGAAAACAUUGCUUGCAUCCAUAUAGGCCUGAUGAAAGAGACGAGCACAUAAGAACAUGUGAAAGAAAGAAAAAACACCUUGAGGCAUUGAAACAGAGUCAAGAAAUAGAGUGCAGUGUGUGUUUAGAUCGUGUGCUUUCAAAGCCUACCGCUGCUGAACGGAAGUUUGGGUUGCUAUCAGAGUGUGAUCAUCCCUUUUGCAUAUCCUGUAUCAGAAAUUGGCGUAGUAGUUCCCCAUCCUCUGGCAUGGAUGUUAAUACUGCACUGAGGGCCUGCCCAAUAUGCCGCAAGCUCUCAUACUUUGUCAUUCCAAGUGUAAUUUGGUAUUCAACAAAGGAAGAAAAGCAGGAGAUCAUUGACAGCUACAAAGAAAAACUCAGGUCUAUUGACUGCAGGUACUUUGACUUUGGAAAUGGGACAUGCCCCUUUGGGACUAGUUGUUUCUAUAAGCAUGCUUAUCGUGAUGGCAGCCUGGAAGAAGUUGUUCUGCGGCAUCUUGCAGCUGAAGAUGGAGACACUGUAAUUGCUAAAGAUAUAAGGAUUUCUGAUUUCUUUAGUAAUUUGCGUCUAAGGUGAAGAGAACUAGCUAAUAAAGCUUCCAAGGUAUUGUAUCUAAUUUUUAAUUUUUAUUGCAGACAUGUUCAACUUGGAGUGCCUAAAAUAUCUAUACUGUUGCCCUUGUUGCACUCCACUCCUGCAGAAGAAUAUGCUUGCUGGGGACCCAAAAGGUGGACUCACAAUGGGGCAUAGUCAACUGUAGUAAUAAACAGCUUUCACUAUACACAGAGGUGGUUAGGGAAGAAACAGAAAAAAAAUGGAUGGUAAUAUUGAGGUUCAAUUUUUUGAGAAUCUGCAUUUGGCUUGUUGUUUCAUGAAUCCCCAGUGCAUCCUUGAAAGGUUUCUAUAAUGAGUGACAAACGAUUGUGCAUUUACAUUGUUAUGCCCUGCCCAUCAUUAUUAAAUCAAUCAAUACUGUACAUAAAUGGGUAUAUAUGGAUUUACUCUUAAACUAUUGGUAAAUUUCCACAAUUAUGCUUAUGAUGAGAUAAUCUGGGGAAAAAACCUCUGAAAGUUUGUAAGUACAUGAAUUCAUGCAGGCAAUAUCUUGUCCCUUUAAGAGCAGAAGCAACUAAUAAAGUUUUCGAUGUUUCUUUUGGGUA